AUGGUGGAAGCGGAUCGCCCUGGGAAGCUCUUCAUUGGCGGGCUCAACCCCGAAACCGACGAGAAAGCCCUCGAGGCAGAGUUUGGCAAGUAUGGCCGCAUCAUCGAGGUGCUCUUGAUGAAAGAUCGAGAAACCAGCAAGUCCAGGGGCUUCGCGUUCGUCACCUUCGAAAGCCCCGCAGACGCCAAGGCCGCCGCCAGAGACAUGAACGGCAAGUCCCUGGAUGGUAAGGCCAUCAAGGUGGCCCAGGCCACCAAGCCGGCGUUUGAGAGCGGCCGGCGGGGCCCGCCGCUGUCCCGCAGCCGCGGUCGCCCGCGGGGCCUGCGCGGGACCCGCGGGGGCGGCGGCGGCCCGCGGGCAGCCCCGGCCAGGGCCUUGCCGCUCAUCUCUCUAGCGCCGCCCCUAGCGUAUGUGGGCCCGCUGCGCCGGGAGCCGCCGCCCCCGCGCCGGGACCCCUACCUGGGUCCCCGGGAGGAGGGCUACUCGCCGAGGGACGGCUACUCGAGCCGAGACUACCCGAGCGCCCGCGACCCGCGCGAGUUUGCCCCCUCGCCCAGAGAGUACACCUACCGCGACUACGGCCACUCCGGCGCCCGGGACGACUGUCCAUCGAGAGGCUACGGCGACCGCGACGGCUACGGGGUUCGCGACCGCGACUACGCGGAUCAUCCGAGCGGAGGCUCCUACCGAGACCCCUUCGAGAGCUACGGGGACCCGCGCAGCGCCGGCCCCGCGCGGGGGCCCCCGCCAUCUUACGGCGGCGGCGGAGGCCGCUACGACGAGUACCGGGGCUGCUCCCCCGACGCCUACGGCGGCGGCCGCGACGGUUACGGCGGUGGCCGGAGCGACCACUACUCGAGGGGCCGCGACCGGGUAGGCAGAGUGGAUCGCGGGCUGCCCUCGUCCAUGGAGAGGGGGUGCCCCCCGCCGCGCGAUUCUUACUGCCGGUCGGGCCGCAGGGCCCCCCGGGGCGGAGGCCGCCUAGGAAGCCGCUCGGAGAGAGGGGGAGGCCGGAGCAGAUACUAA